ACGCAUUCGGCGUCCAACAGUUUCUAGGAGACGUCGAAGCACCGAAUGAAUCCGAAAACCUCCUGAGGGAUAUCGAGAAGAAGAUUGCGAACCUACAUCGUCGCAUCGUCGAGGUGGAGAAGGGGACGCCGCUUGCUUCUGGUUCUGGUUCUGCAUUCCAGGUGCCCGCCCCACCAGUAUUGCCGGGAGUGCGUGUGGCUGAUGCUUUCGAUGCCGUUGGCACCGCUGUUAGCAACGAUGCCAAGGGACCGAGAAAAAGGAGAGGCAAAAAUGAGCGCGAGCGAGCGCGAAGACGCGAACAAGAAAGACACCGGAAUGAGAAGAUGAAGGAACUUGGUGUGCUGCUGAAACAAUAUAAAGAACAAGCCGAGGUUGUUAAAGGGGAAGCAGAGAAAACGGCUGAGAUGCGGAAGAGGAGGGAAGAAGUAUUAGCGAAAAAACGCGCACUACUUCAACAACUUAACGCACAUGAAGAGGAGGAGCGCAGGGCUAGUCUUGUCAAGAGGACGGGGAUGGCGAAAAGAGAGGGUGGGUUGGCGGAGGGAUUUGAGCUUGAUGAGGUACUCGAUGAUGCGAUGAAGAAGGUAAAGAGGCAGCCGAUGCAUCCGCCGAGGGAAGAAAGAGAGUAUAAAGAGAGGGAGGUGAAGGAUGUGGAUGUGCCGAGGGCGAAGAGGCUUGUGAGACCGGCGGGGACGGGGGCUGAACAGACACAGACGACUGCCAGCAAACCAAGCAACAAGCCCUCUGUAGAAGAGCUAGUUCACGCGGCUGCCAACGACUUUACGAGUUCAGUCGCAAACGCAGGAGAUCCCUUCCCUCUCGCCUCCGUCCAACAAAAGCCAUCAACCAAAGCCAGCAAACCCAUCAAGAAAGAUACCCCCCGCUCACCAUUAUCACCACCGUCCUCCAAGGAUGACUUGCGUCUCAACAUCCCUCCCUCAGGCAUCGUCCCCAUCGACGCCGACUUAAUCCUCUCCCUCGACUCCCCCGUCCCAGCCCUCCAAUCCCAAGUCCUCGCCCUCCGCAACCGCCUAAAAUCCUCCUACCCCCGCAUCGACAACCUCCCCUACGACGUCUGGACAUCGUCCAAUAAACGCACCCUGCAAACCUGGCUUAAAAUCCUCAUCAGCCGGUGGAACGCGCGCUUCGAUGAUGUGGACGGCACGGGUCAGGUUGAUAAAAGUGUUGUGGAUGAGAGGGUCAAGGAGGUACUGGAUAGUAUGGUGGCAUGA